AUGCCAACGUGCCCAAAGGACAGUGCAGCAAGUUUGUCCGUACAGUACUGGUACAACACGUAUCCCAGGGCGGUGGGGUCGGGAAGCGGUGGUUUUUCGUGCGGCGUACCCGGCUGGCUGGGCGACCAAGCAAGUCUUUUGGGUGGUGGCCCUUUGCGCUCUCAACGCCUCUGGAGGCGGUCAGCACAAUGCAACAGAGCAUCCGUGAUCUUUGUCAAAAUCGAAGCCCUCUUCCGACUUCCGGUAGCCAACAACGGUACCGAGGACUGUGGUGGGUUAAAUGAUGAGGCGCGAGCAAGGGGCAAACAACAGCGCAGAGCGAGCUUUUGGAGCAUGUUGCAUAUUGCGCCACCGUAA